ACCUUUCUCCGUUGAUAUCUCCGCUUCGUGCCGGUUGAAGGAAAUUCAAUAGCAAUGUUGUGUCGCCGUUUCCUGGCAACGAGCACUUGUGGCGACUCUCCGAGCAAGAUGACAAAUUCGUCGGAGAGUUGUGUGGGUGUUUCAUUCGGCGAGAGGUGACUCCGGGUUUUUAGCGCGGAGUCUGGACGCGGAGAGCGCACGGCGCGAAAACCCGAACUGGUCGCUGGUCAUUAUGAGAAAGUAUCGCCAAAGUGAGUGAUCCACGAAUGCGAAUCUGUGUGCGGCGAUGCUAUUGAUUGUAUGGUCGAUGCGACUGUCAAUCCGGACAUGGCAGGCAGGGCUUUCCGCGUCAAGAUACAAGUGGACGUACACGCGGUAACGUGUCCUGGCGUCUGGCUGUGUCCCAACGGCAAGGUGGCACUGCGGAUGGACACGCUCAACUCACGCGCGGAAUCCCGCCGAAUAAGUCCAAUCUUCCCGUUGCUGUUCCAUGACAGAUUCGCCUUCAGCAAGGUGUUCGCGCGGAUAGUCUCGUUGGCGGAGCUGCAACGCGCCUUGGAGCAAGAGUUUCUGUAUGCGGAAUUGAUACAGUGGGUCACCACCACGACCAGCCGUGGCAUCAUUCUGGCCACGUUUGAGACGAACUUGGCGGACUUGCUGUAUCCAGCGCCGUGUUUCAAGGGUUUAUUGGCCGGUGUAGAUGUAGACCUGCUGAUGGAGCCGACCAAGUGCUUUCCGGGGAUCAUAGCACCUAAAAUCGAGGUGUCUACGAAAACGGUGGUCGAGGAAGUGCUGGGCCCCUGUGACACAAGUAUGAGCAAAUGUUAUGUCGUCAAUCCAAAAAUGAUUAACUCUAAGCAAACGGCGACGUGUGGCCAGACAAAGAGGUCGGUUAAAGGUAUUAUAAGGCAACGACGGGUAUGCCAUACCAAGAGUAAACCGAGAUCUCAGAGCUGUCGGCCGUAUCGCCAGAGGUCGAGUAGCGUGGAUGAUCCUUAUCAAUGUCAGUGUGACGCGAGUAAUCGGACAGGAUCGCAACAGGAUCACCGAUGCUAUCACUCAAUGAGGAAGGAUUCCGUACGCACGUCUCAAUUAUGUUCGCAGAAGCCAGCCACGUAUGAUAAUAGCCAUGUCACGGACGACUGCCCAGUUUGUUUGAAGUACACUUGCUAUUUUUCUAAAUGCUACGACGACUCGGCGGCAGUCAAAGGUCCCCACGUCGAGCCGAAGCGCAACUACAGCGAUGUCGCGCAUCAUCACAAAAGUCGCUCCGAUAACAGAGCGUACUGUUGUGUUUGUGGGCCGAGUAGCGCGUCCGACGCGCAAGAGGAAGCAGCGACUUCGCUGUUGCACAAGAUAAAAGAUCUUGAGAAAAGCAGAGAGAAAGUUUCUUGCGCCGUCGAGUCGGACGACGUUGUGGAUUGCGAUUCUUGCCACGAAUUCGCUGCUCGAGACUGCUCCACUCAGGGCUUCUACAAAAAUCUCGAGAAAUUCUACAAAAGGAUGUACAAGCAAGCGAAGAUUCGCGCGCAGGAAGUCGAGGGCUGAUGGUGAUAACCGUGUUCUUAUGGCUUUGGAAUUUUUUAUCGACUUUUGCGUAUCGUUCUGCAUCACUUGGAAACGAACGUUGCAGAACACACACGGUGCUCGAAGAAUCCUACGAGGCAAGAUCAGUGUGUGUCGGUUAGUGACUCGUCAGAGUAUCGAGCAAUUAAUAAAUUGCGUAUAUAUACCCGUCAAAUGUUGAUAGAAAUUGUUCGAUUGUCAUCACUUUCUCCCAAGAUAUCGCAAAGAGAGUCUCGGUGAUGUGCAUCAAGUAUUGUCUAUCUCACGAAAUAAAUGUGGAUAAAUCGA